UUUUUAAUGACAGUGUGCGCCUGUGCGGGCAAAAAUCGCCUUGGGCGGGUCGAUUUACAGACACUGUUGUAUAGAAAUAAAGUGCAUUUGAUCAGUUGUUUGUAUAGUCCGCUGUUGAUUUACCUGAAUACUGUGAAUGAAAUCUGGCAACCCUGACUGGGGAGCGCGCUCAGUGAUGGAAUUAAAGUAUGGACUGAGCUAAUAAUUAAUCAGAACAAUGUUUUGGACCCGGAGCGAUUUUGGGAGAUGGAAACAACAUCAAGCUAACAGAAAAAUAUGAUAUUUUUUGUAGACCAAAUAAUCAACAUUGUUAUAAAUUCGACGGACGGGUGCAGACGGGGACACAGUCAGUUGCCUUUGAAGCUGCCAACUGGCUGGGAGGUUUAGGAUACUUGACAAAUUGUGUUAUUUUCAGAAUAAAUUCUGGCCUGUAGCAUAGGCCGCGGGCUCUCUAAUCUUAAUGUGCGUAUAUGAUUAUGAACAAUUGACAGAUAUUGUAAUUAGGCCCUACUUGAUUAACAGUAGAAGCAAUCUCGCCACAGGAGACAAUUCUCACGAACGGCUUUCGUAAUCCAACAUCUAAGUAGCUUUUUUCCUGCGGCUUCGAGGGAGCUGGACAGAGCUCCAUUACACAUGCGAACUGUUCGCGUCGGUGCCUACGUUCGGGAUCCCCACUUCGAUCAUUUGAAAUGACAGAAUCCAGACCCGUGACUGUGUGAAACCAUACUCGGGUGAUUCCAGAGGUCCGAACUUUCUGCAGCACCACACUGACUGGGACCCAAUCUGCAGGGAGAGGGGAGAGGACGAGCCUACUGUCCGCUGUCUCUGCAUAGGCUACUGGACAGCCAUGGAGCCGCUACCAGGGCAGAACCGCCCCAUGUCGAAAAAGAGCGCGAUAGCUAAAAUCUUUAAAGUUCGCAAGAGGAGACAAAUGCUUUUCGUUCAAGUCAGUUUCAUCUGCAGUAUUCUAUGUUUGACGUGGUGCAUGUCCGCCCUGCUUACAAAAACAGGACAUGGUCUAGUCCUGGAGCAUGGGCUGGUCGACUCAUCAGAUCAUCUGGGACGCAGGCUAAUGGCCCUGGAUGGGGACAACGACACAUUGGAGAAGAACUGCACAGAGCCAGCCAUCAAUGAGUUCCCUGAAGAUAUUUUCACCACUUAUCAUCGCACCAGAGGAGCAGUUCUGCUGCACAUAUUUGCGGCCCUCUACAUGUUUCUAGCCUUGGCAAUAGUCUGCGAUGACUACUUUGUGAUGUCCUUGGAGAAGAUCUGUGAGAAACUGGACCUGAGUGAAGACGUGGCUGGAGCUACGUUCAUGGCUGCUGGCAGCUCAGCACCAGAGCUGUUUGCCUCCAUUAUAGGUGUGUUCAUCACUCACGGCGAUGUGGGCGUUGGAACCAUUGUAGGCUCUGCGGUGUUCAACAUUCUAUGCAUCAUCGGUGUGUGCGGAAUCUUCGCCGGUCAGGUGGUGUAUCUGACAAAGUUUGCAGUUUUCCGGGACUCUAUCUACUACACGCUGUCUGUGGUGGCAUUGAUUGCAUUCAUCUAUGAUGAAAAGAUUGUGUGGUGGGAGAGCUUAGUGCUGGUAGUGAUGUACUUUGGGUACAUUCUGAUCAUGAAAUUUAACAGCAGCCUCCAAAACUACUUCUCAGGGAAGGAGGACAAGAGCUUGGCCAAUGGCAACACAGUGAUGAGCAACGAGCUGGAGGAUGUGAAGCCCACUAAGAUUUACAGCCGUGGCUCUGUGGUGAUGGUGGAUGAGAUGAUCAACUCCAGCCCUCCUAACUACCGCUUCCCCGACGCCGGCCUGCGCAUCAUGAUUACCAACCAUUUUGGCCCCAAGACACGGCUCCGCAUGGCGAGCCGCCUCAUCAUCAAUGAGCAACAAAGGCUUGUGCAGGCGUCUAACGGUGUGGACAACGCAACCAUGGUGAUCACUGAUGGUAAACCUGAGACCUUGGAGAAUGGCAUUAUACCAGAGGAUAAGACUGCUGAGGAAGAGGAGGUAGAAGCCCUGAACUCACCAUUCACCAUCCCUGGGGGCUGCAUGGAGAUGUCAAAGUGGCUGAUCUCUUGGCCUAUCCUGCUGUUGCUCUACUUCACCAUACCAAACUGUGCCAAGCCUCGCUGGGAACGUUUCUUCAUGCUAUCUUUCUUCCUCUCCACCGUGUGGAUUGCCGUCUUCUCCUACUUGAUGGUCUGGAUGGUCACCGUAAUUGGCUAUACCCUGGGCAUCCCUGAUGUCAUCAUGGGCAUCACUUUCCUGGCAGCCGGCACCAGUGUCCCUGAUUGUAUCGCCAGCCUGAUCGUUGCUCGGCAAGGUCUUGGGGAUAUGGCCGUCUCCAACACCAUUGGUAGUAAUGUCUUUGAUAUAUUGGUGGGACUUGGUCUUCCCUGGGCUAUACAGACCAUGGCUGUGGACUAUGGCUCUGAGGUGAUGAUCAACAGCAGGGGGCUGGUCUACUCUGUGGUGUUGCUACUGGGCUCUGUAGCUCUGACAGUUCUUGGGAUCCAUGUGAAUAACUGGAAACUGGACCUGAAGCUGGGUGUCUAUGUGCUGGUGAUGUACGUCGUCUUCCUGUGUUUCUCCAUCAUGAUCGAAUACAACGUGUUCACCUUCGUCAACCUGCCGAUGUGUCUGGAGCGCCUUUAGGAUGACCUACACCACCAGACCGGAACAGGAAGUCACAGCUGAACAAUGGACCCACACAGACGGAUGGAAACUCAAACCCCAACUAACUCAAUCGUUUCUGUUUGAAUCCAACUAAAUUUGUCACAUUUCCUACAAUAAUCUAAUUUCAAGGUGCUUUCCAAAUAACAGAGUAAGCUGUGAGAAAAGUAAGACAAAAUGUUUCUUUGGAAAUAUAAACAUGAGAGAAACAUCAAUAGAACUGAACAAAUAAGAGAAAGUAAAAUGGAAAUCUAGACACGCCUUCACUUUACAUAAAUAUAACCACAUCGUAAAUGUCUGCCCUGACUAUACAGGUUUCAAAUGAUUUCCGUAUUUAUCUCUAACAUAAAAAUCCUUCGAUUCCUACGGGUUCCCAACGUCUUCAGACCCUCAAACAACGUUCUCCCUACACUUGUCCGAAAUGAAAUACGAACAGAAACAUAUAGUCUCCAACUAACCCAGAGGAAAAGACAGUGAGUCUCCCUAUUUGCCUCUAAAGCUCAACGCAGCAUCUGAAGGUGAGAAGUCCAGCUUGUGGAAACCUACCCAGUCUUUACGUAACCCUGGAUAAACGUCUUCUGCGGUUGGUAUCUCAUCCUGACUGGGAGAUUUUAUUUUAUUUUGGUCAGGCAGCUCACCGGAGUUGUUAUCUACUAAAGGACUUGCACCUCAUUUUUUCCCUCUUGAUUUAUUUCAUAUGUUUCCUUGUGGAGAAAAAGGACGUACAUUUCAAGAAAAUAUUGCACUUUAAAUGUUGAAGUAGAGUAAAUAUACACAACAUAUUAUAUUUUUUGCUUCAUCGUUCCCCUCCCUUUGCAUAGUGCAAUAAGAAAGAGACAGGGAGGCAGGCAGGAUGUGCCAAGUCCACACUCAUUCUCUUUGGCAACAAGAGGAGAGUUCAUGGAAGAAAGUGUGCUUCUUCUAUUUCUGGAUGCUCUCCAACUGCAAGAAACUGCUGACAAACACAGGAGCUCUGAUAUGCUGUGAACAGUGUUUUAGUGUGGGUAAAUUGAUGAGAAGAAGUAAAGGGGAGUCUAAUCUGUUAGUAUUCAGCACCACGUGGAGAGGAGAACGCCUCUUGGGAGACUUCCAUACUGUGACUCUCAAUGCCUAUGGUGCUUAGUGGACGGUCAUUUAACAAAUAGUGUAGUGUAACCGGAAGUGGGCCCUUUGGCAGAAUAAAAGCUAUCUUUAGGUCUUAAAGAGGCCACUUCUUGUACAGUUUACUGGCAGAGACCCGGACCUAUACAAUACAAGCUCCCUCCUGUGACCCCCCCCCCCCCCGGCCUAACCAGUGCCUCCCAUAACACUGGCGGUGGUUGAUAUGGGACAGCCUGGUUGAUACGGGACAGACUAUUAUAUACAUCAGGAAGGGUACGACCAGGACCGCAGACGGGGAUCUGUACUGCACAAUGACACAGGUCUUUAUGUCGGCUUUUGAGGUGUGGAAAUUUGACCCCUUCAUGCACAAGCUGAGGUCCUCUUGUUAUGAACAGAGCGCUUCCUUCUGCCAAUCGGGUAAGGAAGAGCAGAUUGGAUGCAGUUCCUGUGUACAUAUUUUAAACUGCUUCCACCUCUCCUCUACCCUCACCCAAAUAAUCAUUUUCCUCUUGCCUACAUCUUGGUCUCUCUGCCUCUAUCUCUCUGAUCAUGUCUUCUGAUUGGAUGCGAGGCAGAGUUUAUUUAUUUAUCCCUCAGCGCAGAAGCUCAGGGGGAUGACCAACCUAUGCGUCCCUCUGGUAACCUCCGUUUAUUGGCAGCUACGAGUGGAGUCGCCCUCCACCCAUCUGACUGACCUCUUGACCGCCACCCAUCUAACUGACCUCUUGACCUCAUUAAGGGUCGUGUUCAUCAGGGCACAUGACGGAGAACCUUUUUUAAAAAGGAGUGUUUCUUAUUGGACAACGUAGGUAGUUGCUUCCUUGUUUAUUCUCCUUUUUCCCGUUUGGUGCCUAAUAAACACGAGCCAGGUCAGGGGUCACUUUGGGGGCAAAGGGCGGCAUUUGUGUGGUGACUGUGUUGGAUGUCAGUAGUGUUUCAGUGUUCAAAAGUGCUGUCACGGUUUUGUGUGCCGAAAAGCAGACGUUCGAUGCAGUGUGUGGUCUAUAUUAUAUAAACACGUAUGCAAUCUUUAUGAAAAAAAGUACCAGGUUACGAUGGACUAGUAUAUUAUGCAUUUGAGGGAAAAAAAUGAAUAAUGUUUUAUUGAAGCUGCUGAAAGCAUCGUUGAUACUAUACUGUACAAGUUAAUGAGCAAGUACACAUGCACGUACUCUCUCUGUCUCUCUCUCUCUCUCUCUCUCUCUCUCUCUCACACACACACACACACACACACACACACACACAAAUGUUUAAUACCAAUGCCCAAAAACAAAGACACGUACACACACUUGUCAGACGUUUACUUCCCAUGCGCACUCAAACGUUUACGUAGAUACAUACACACACACACACACACACACGCGAUACACACAGGAACAAAAUUAUCUUCUCAUUGGUAACCAGAGCCACGUAUUUUGAGAGUUUGGCCAAGUUUUAAAACGGCCGCAAUGCUAGUAUCUUUUACUGUCGAAUGUCGGAGAUAUAACAGUAACUUACUAGCGCCUCCAUCUAUUGAAAUUACGUGCUGUAAACAAGCCAAACAGAGCAGCCAAAUAAAACUUGACGUUUGUAUUGAUUAGCAUGUAGGAUAAUGUGUAUCCUUGUCUAUAGCCUACGUUGCAUAUCAACUUGUAUUAAACAUCAUUGUUUUGAAAAGUGACAAAAAUGCUCAGCUGGGAAGCGUGAAUUACCAUAUUGCCACGGCUAUCGGGAGAACCUGUCGAUUUUUGAAUGUUCAAAAGCAUUGACUAAACUCUCAAUAUGUGAUUCUGAGUGGGAGUAGCUGGUGCAAUUAUGAUUAGUGAUGGUCUUACCUGACUAGGGUAAUGUCAGUGUUGUAUUUAAGCCAGAUGAAUGUUGUUGAAAUCCUGAGGUCUGUUCACUUCUGCUCAUUAGUUUGACCUAGAUUAAUAUUUGGGUGAAAUAACACUGUACCUUAAGUUGUGCUUGCAUGCCCAUUGAGUAGUUUUUCGCAACAAGCCAUUCUACUCUCUCCAGCCUGGAAUUAGCAGUAUUAGCAUUGUCCAGAAUCAUGAAUAGAAACCCGAGCUACAAAAGCUGCAUUACAAGCGGAAACCUACUUCAAACUAAGACAUAGUGGUGUUAAUUAUCUCAAAGAACCUCUCAAUGUUGUUUACCUCAAAAAAUAAUGUUUUUAUUUUAGGUAUAUAAAUCUCAUUUUCAAAUGAAAUGCUACCUAUAGCCGCGUUUCCACCAAAAAGCAACCAAGGGUUCCUUCAGCCCAUUGAUGUGUGCGUUUCCUCCGCGGUCAAAAGACCCGCGAAGGUUAGGCUAAUUAGUACGCAUUACAAAGCCACAUACAGGCAUCAUUAUUAUUUAUGCAACACGAACAGCAACCAGGGAGAUUCAAGUUGUGUUGAUCAAGGUUUAUUGGUCUGCAAAUGUGGUCAUUGAGUUCAAAUACAAAUAAAGUGAAAGGAUUUCACAAGUUAUGUUUUCCUGUCCGUUUUUUUCGCAAUGGUAUAAAUCCUUGUUUUUAUCAAAGUUCCGACAACUUUAUUGACCACCCUAGCUAACUAUCAGUCACUCAUUUGAAGUCACCAAAUUCAGCAAGCUGAUUUGUUAUUAUGCAGUCAAAAAAAUCGAUUCUGGCGUAACAGAGUGACAGAAGUGUUUUGGGGUUUGUUCACGCGUUCAAUGCAGCUUUUGUAGCUUGGGAAGCACAGUUCCAAUUCAUGAGUUUAGACGAUGCUAACAUUGCGAAGUCCAGGCUGGGACAGGUGAAAAAUUAUUAAUUGGGCCUUCAAGAACAACUAUGGGUAAGCGUUAUUACACCCAAAUAUGAAUCUAGGUCGAACUAUCACUUUAAGGUCUAAUUUAUGACUUCAACCUACAUCUUAGUUGCAUGUUAAACCAACAAACACGCAAAGGGCGAGCUCUUUUGUACCAGUCUGGGUCAUGUUAAUUAGAGCACACAACGGAAAACAUUUAACAUUAUUUCUUGUUGGGUAGGUAUGCAGGUAUGUUUAGUCAAUUUCUUCCGUUUUGAGUCUAAUGAUCAUAACCCUGGUGUGUUAGGCAGGGUUUAAGACAAGUGUGUCCUGCCUGUGCCCUGGAUGUUAAUCCAUUCUUUAACAAUUUCUUCGUUGUCUUGUGUUCUAUACUGUAUAUUCUUAUUUUAAAUGGGAUGGGAGGUCUACUUUUUUGGAUUUGUCUCGUGCAACUCUUCACAACACCAAGCCACAGAAAUACAUUUUAAAGGUGAUCUUAGUGGCUGUAUAUUUUACUUUUAAAAUCACACUUGAUUUAUUCCCUUCUUUAAUAUUUCUUCUACUCAUUUUGAUGAUGUCCUUUUGUGCCAUGAUUUUUUUUUUAUGAACUGGGAUAUGUGUAUUUUGUAAUAGUUUUAAAAUGAACAAAAUAACAGAUACUAUCAUUACGUUUAUAUAGUUUAUUGCCAUAAGGUGGGGAUGAAGGUCUCCUGAAGGGUCAGGUCCAUGUUGAUACAAAACAUCACACACUAAUAUUUAUCAUGGCUGUGCAUACAUAGUGUCCUAUCUCACUUGAUAACAAUAGCUGUUGCUUUCCUCUGUCACAGAGAAACUUUGACUGAAAGUUUCAAUAAACUUGACUUCAAUGUAUGGCAUGCAUGAACGCACACUUGUUCAUUACUCACAUGCAAACACUAUCUGUUGUUACAUACACCGUUAUGUGCGACCUCUUUUGAGUGAAUGUGACCUGGUUCACUGUGAGCGAAGAGUCGUAAGGGUAAUUCAUCCAAGUUGCUGAAGACCUUUGGGUAUGGACUUAAUAACAUCUUCAAUUUAAGACAUUGGUGUGUAACUUGAAUGUAUUUGUCUUGCUAUAAAUGGAUGUAUCCAACCAAUGCAUUUUACUGUAAAGCAAUAAUCAUCAAGAUUUAGAAAUAAUUAUGUAAAUUGUUGUGAAUUAUGAUUAUCAAAAUAAUGAUAUGGAGGACACAUUAAAUGAUAACAUUUUUAAAUGCAUGCUACUGUUCUACCUGAAUUGUUUUAUUAGGUCUUAUAAUACACACUUCUUUAAUGUGCAAUAUGAUGCAGAAACAGUUGAAUGUUGUAUUACGUUCACUGAGAUUUUAGUUCCAGAAUUCCCUAUACUACUGUAAGAAGAAACAGACAAAACUCCCAGAAUGUGCAGAAGUAUCGCUGUUUGCAGGUAGAAAAUAUUUUUUCCAAUUCCCUUGGUAAUAUCCAUUAUGUACUACAAAUCAAACAUUCCUCAAAUAGACCUACUAUGAUUUCAGAUGUGUUUUCAUCAAGUCUCUGUCAAAAUCAUCAUAGAGGAACAGAUUAAGAGAGUGGAUUAACUUGUUUCUAAAUCUGUUGGCACAGAUAAGCAAACUAAUUUUUGGAGGUCUAUGAGUGUCAACUUAUCCAAGUUCAAUGAAAUUACACAUCAGUUCGUUAUGUGCACCUUUUAGAUCAUUAUUAUUUGUGAAAACUAUUUGCAGUAACAUUGCGUGGCUGUCUGUGACAGCUAAUAUAACAGCCCUCUAAUACUUUGUGAAUAUAUGGCAUGAUUUUACUGUUAAUGUCUGUUACAUCAUAUUUAACAGGGGACUUUAUUCUGAAGGUGAAACCAAAUUCCACUAUUGUAGAUGUAAUCCCUUUUGUAAGUAGUCUCACAUAGGUGAAGUCCGGCAGCAGGUGGCCAGAUAAUUUUGGACCAUUCAAACCAAUUAGAGAGAAGAUGCGCAUGUAAACGAACAGGCCAACUAUAGUAUUAUUUUUUUCAAAUGUUACAGUUAAUCGUAUUCAGUGGGUGAAAUUAUGACCUUUAUGUUAAAGGUGAAAUUCAAAUUCCACAGCCAGUGAUGUUUGUGGGUAGUCCACCCUGUUCCAGGAGGUUGGGUAUAUGGCAAAUAUACCACAGCUAAGCAAUGUUCUUAAGCACGUUGUAUUGCCAAGUGCCUGGCUAUAGCUCUUAGCUCUGGUAUUUUGGCAAUAUACCACAAACCCCCAAGAUGCCUUAUUGCUAUUAUUAACAAAAUUAGAACAGUAAAAAUCUAUCUAGCAUCUUAACCAUGGUAUAUUUCACGUACACCGUGCUUUCAUCCGCUCAUCAUUUUGGAUAAGAACCAUCCCAUUUUAUAUUAAGUAAUAUGGCACAGGGAGGUGUGGUUUACAGUUAAACCUCUACUGCAAUACCAUUGCCCUCAGGCAACAGAAAACCUUUUUGACCCCCUUCCCACCCACAUGUAUAUUCUUUGUAUAUUGUUGCACAUUUUUGUGAAAAGUCCAAUGUGGUGCAGAAGUUAUGAUGUAUCAGUUGCGGGAGGGACCUUCUUUCAGGAAGUGGAGGGACGUGAGCCCAUGGUGUGAGAGAAAGGUAAUAAUACAUUUCAUUAUUUUGCAUGUUUUAAAUAGAUAUAACUUGACAAUAAAAAAUAUGUACUUCUGUAGGAACAACAAUUAACCAUAUUUAAUAGGUUUGGAACAUGUUUUGUUCAUUUGUAUAUUCUAAUAAUUUAGUUUUAUUCUUUGUUGCCUCAGGCAAUGUGGUUCAGUAAUGCUAGUUUCCAGGGUAAUACUGUAUGCUCAGUGAAAUACAUGUCAAAUAUGUAAAAUGAUGGCCAUCAUCAAUGUUUUUGCCAGCAUGUUUAGUGAUAUUCACAAGACAUGGACACAGGGAUAUUUUAUGAAUGAAUCCUGGAAUCAGGUUUGAGAGGCUACAUGUAGUUACUCCUGGAUUAAGUCAAUUAUAUACAAAGACUACUCUAUAUGUACAAUAAAAAUAUUGUAAUUUGUUUUUCAUUGACCAAAA